CGGCCUAUCAGACGGCCUUGCCUUUUUCUUUGCUUCAAGGAGCACCCUGUCACGACGUCUCCCCGCUAGCCCCCACGGUGGAGAAGGCAUAAUCGUGCAAUUGGCCGACAUAUUGGAGCAAGAGAGCCGACAUAAUGACCUGGCAAAUUAAGCUCGCCUCUCGACUGCGGGCAACUCCGCUGCGAUGCGCUGCUUCCCGGCCGAAUGGUGCCUGGCUGUCGUGCCAUCAGAACGGCCCGCGCCAUUUCUCCUCCAAGGCAGUCUUACCCGCCGGCACUUUGCAGAGGGAGUCCACCAUGACCGUCACCCUCACUGCUAAGCGCACCCUGACCGCCUCCUCCGGCGGUCGUCUCAACUUGGACAACAUCAACCCCCACGUCAAGGCCGCCAAAUAUGCCGUCCGUGGUGAGCUGGCCGUCAAGGCCGAGGAAUACCGUGUGAAGUUGGCUCAGGGAGACAAGUCGUUGCCUUUCGACAGUGUCAUCUUCGCCAACAUCGGCAACCCUCAGCAACUGGACCAGAAGCCCAUCAGCUUCUUCCGUCAGGUCCUCAGUCUUCUCGAGAACCCCUCUUUGCUGGAGAACCCCGAGGCUCUCCGUACGUCGUUCGGCUACCAGCAGGAUGUCAUCGACCGGGCCAAGACCCUUCUCGCCGAUGUCCAGAGCGUCGGUGCCUACAGUCACAGCCAGGGUGCCCCUAUCAUCCGUGACAGCGUCGCCAAGUUCAUUGAGGAGCGUGAUGGAUUCCCCGCUAACCCCCAGGAUCUGUACCUGACCGGUGGUGCCUCCUCCGGUGUCAGCACCCUUCUGAACGUCAUCUGCGAUGGCCCCAGUGCUGGUGUCCUUGUGCCCAUCCCUCAAUACCCUCUCUACACCGCUACAUUGUCCCUUCUGAACGCCCAGUGCGUUCCUUACCACCUGGAGGAGCACAGGGCCUGGGGUACCGAUGUGAAUGCUAUCCGUGAGAACCUUGCCCAGGCCAAGUCUGCUGGCACCGAUGUGCGUGCCAUUGUUGUGAUCAACCCCGGCAACCCGACCGGCGCUUCCCUCAGUGCCGAGGACAUCAAGGGUGUGCUCGACCUGGCUGCGGAGGAGAAGCUGGUGGUCAUUGCGGACGAAGUCUACCAGACUAACGUCUUCACCGGCGAGUUCAUCUCCUUCAAGAAGAGACUCCGUCAGCUGCAGCAAGAAGUUCCCGGCAAGUACGACAACGUGGAGCUGGCCUCCCUGCACAGUGUCUCCAAGGGCAUGGUUGGUGAGUGUGGUCACCGUGGUGGCUACUUUGAGUUGGUCGGAUUCGACCCCGAGGUUGCGGCCCAGGUCUACAAGUACGUCAGCAUCAUGCUCUGCCCGCCGGUUAUCGGACAGUGCCUGGUCGAGCUGAUGGUGAACCCUCCCAAGGAGGGUGAGCCCAGCCGCGCCGUGUACGAAAAGGAGUACAAUGGCAUUCGGGACGGUCUGCGCAAGCGCGCCUUUGCCCUUUACGAAGCCUUCCAGCGCAUGGAGGGUGUUGAAUGCCAGGAGCCUCAGGGCGCCAUGUACCUCUUCCCCACUAUCACCCUUCCUCCCAAGGCCGUCGAGGCCGCCAAGGCCGAGAACCGUGCCGCCGACGAGUUCUACUGCCUCCGUCUCCUUGACGCCACUGGUGUUUGCGUCGUCCCCGGCUCUGGCUUCGGCCAGAAGGAGAACACCCUGCACUUCCGUACUACUUUCUUGGCUCCUGGAACCGACUGGGUUGAGCGGAUCGUCAAGUUCCACUCGGAGUUCAUGGCCAAGUACAAGUAAGCAGAACUGGUGAAUAUACCAGCUGCACGUGUUAUGAAGAUAUAGAACUAUACCAUAUUCUUUCUAGAAGACGGACAUACCAAAUAGAAACCCAUUAAUAUCCGAGAA